GGCGGCAGCGGGGCCCCAGAGGGGGGCUGCGCAGGGGGCCGGCGCGUAGCCGGGACUAUGGAGGGGCAGAGCGGCCGCUGUAAGAUCGUGGUGGUGGGGGACGCGGAGUGCGGCAAGACGGCGCUGCUGCAGGUGUUCGCCAAGGACGCCUACCCCGGGAGUUAUGUCCCCACCGUGUUUGAGAACUACACCGCGAGCUUUGAGAUCGACAAGCGCCGCAUUGAGCUCAACAUGUGGGACACUUCAGGUUCCUCUUACUAUGAUAACGUCCGGCCUCUGGCCUAUCCUGAUUCAGAUGCUGUGCUCAUCUGCUUCGACAUUAGCCGACCAGAAACGCUGGACAGUGUCCUCAAGAAGUGGCAAGGGGAGACUCAGGAGUUUUGCCCCAAUGCCAAGGUUGUGCUGGUUGGCUGUAAACUGGACAUGCGGACUGACCUGGCCACACUGAGGGAGCUGUCCAAGCAGAGGCUUAUCCCUGUUACACAUGAGCAGGGCACUGUGCUGGCCAAGCAGGUGGGGGCUGUGUCCUACGUGGAGUGCUCCUCCCGGUCUUCUGAGCGCAGCGUCAGGGAUGUCUUCCAUGUGGCCACAGUGGCCUCCCUUGGCCGUGGCCAUAGGCAGCUGCGCCGUACUGACUCACGCCGGGGACUGCAGCGAUCCACGCAGCUGGCGGGACGGCCGGACCAGGGGAACGGGAAUGGGACCCGGACCGAGGGCGAGAUACACAAGGAUCGAGCCAAGAGCUGCAACCUCAUGUGAGGGGCCGGGAUGGGGCAGAAUGUGAGUGAGGAGGGGUGGUGAAGGGCACAACUGUCCCCUGCCUGUGCCCGGGCUUCCUGACCUCCUGACUCUGGCUGGGACUUCAGGGCACGCUGAGUGAGCAAUUCUUUUGGGCAGGGGAGCUGGAGGCAGAAGGGUGCCACCAUUCCCCACAUCCUCGUCACCCUCCCCUCCACAGGAAGUUGAGGGAGCUAGCAUGGCAGGCAUGGCAGGCAUGUGGGCAGGCAUGGCAGGCAUGUGGGUGUCUGGAGCUGGGAUGGGGCAGGAGGGUUGAGGAAGCUGGCAUCAAGCAGUGACCUUGGUUCAGUAUAUGAAUGGUGCCUUCCCUCCCCACCCCUAGUCCCCAUAUCCUGCUCCUGGCUUCCUUCCCUAAGGAAAGUAUCCAUUCUAUGACCUUCCCUUUUCCUCUCCUUUCACUUCUACAGCUGUUCUCACUCAUUCUAACCUCCAGGCAACAUGCACUAAAUUAAAAAGCAACUUUAGAAGCCCCUGCCCCCAUCUACCCACCGGUCCUAGCUCCCUCCCUCCCUUCCCCCAACAGUCCCCAAAUAAAGCCCGUGUCCAUGGAAAAUGACUGUGGCUUUAGUUUUAUUGCUUUCUAAAAAACCAGUCUACCAAUUUCUAGCAGCAGAAGGAAAGUUAGACUUCAGGAAGGACUUUCCUGUCUAUGCCUACAGAUGGAGCAGAGGAAAAAGCUGUGGGCUGGAGCAGCAGUGUCCUUUUAGGAGCCAAGGUGGGGGAGUGAGAUAUCUUGGGAAUAUUCAUCUCCGUUAAUGAGCCAGACAAUCCUAAGGCCAUUAGGGGGUUUUAAAGUGGACUGAUGUGCAAUUCAUUACUCAGCCCAGCUGGGGCCCCCUGCUAGUGUGGGAGGGGUCCUGCUGAAGUGGUCCAGGCCCCUUGCUCACCAUCUCCACCCCUAGCUUGGAAUCUGAUGGUGCCUUGGGAAUUGUGGGGCUAGAAAGGGCAUCAGAAGCCUCCACAUCACAGAAGUAAACCAUGUGCAGGGUGAAGUUUCCCAGCAGGACAGUAGUUUGAUUCUGGGGUCUCCUCAGAGGUAGGGGCAGGGGAUCUUACCCUCUUUCCAUCCUGAGCUCCUUGAUGAUUUUGGAGGGAGCAUCAGCAGUGAGUUUAGGGUCACACCCCGACACCCAACUCCCUGGAGAAGGAAAGCCGAUGGAGGGGCCGGCUGGAGCCCUUGUUGUCAGGAAAGACAGUGCUGGUCUGUUUUCUCCAGAGUCUCGUUUCACAUUGUCCUGUAUUCCCUCCCUGGCUCUGGUCCCACUGGCCUCUUUUCGGUGACAUUCUCCCCCAGGAACUAUCCCUGGCCCUCCCCUCCCCCAGCCCCAGCCAGUUCUUCCAGACACACUCUGGGAGAGAACACAGACCUUAUUACCCUCCCAUCUGCUGGGAUCCCCCUAAUUCACAGCCUGUCCCUCCCUCAUUCAUUCAGCAAAUAUGUACUGAGCACCAACUGUGUGCCAGACACUGGCUUGGGAUUCUGAAAGGACCAGUCUCCAUGCUCUGGAGGCUAGCCAGUGGGGAAGAGAGGUACCCCAGGUGUGGCCAUGCCUUGGCUAUGGGAACCAGUCGUCUCAGCUAGGUCCUGAGGGUUGAAGAGGAAUUUGCCAGGCAGGGAAGGGGUAGGAAAGGCACCCUGGGUAGAGGGUGCAGCAUGUGGAAACAAGUGGAGAUGAGAAAGCAAGCGUAUGGCACAGUUGGGUUGGGGCUGCCAUGGAGGGGAGGGCAGAAGAGAAGGCUGGGAAGGUACAUCAGGGCCACUGCAGGGCCCACAAAGGAACCAGGACUUCAUUUUAAGGAUGUAAGGAGGCACCAGGGAUUUCAAGCAGAGAAUGAAGUGACCAGAUUUGGUUUUCAGAUAGACGGUUAUCUGCAUGAAGUGAUGGGGGUUGGGGGAUUCAGCUCUGAGAUGUGUCAUUUAAAAUAGCCUCUCCUUUCCCUAUGCCAGGGCCCAGUCUUGAGAGAAAAGGAAAUCCCACACACUGCUGGCUCAUCAGACACCCCUUUCCCUCUCACUCCUGCAGGACCCUCUCCUGGUCCAUCUCAGCCAGUCUCCUCAAGGAUUCUGGGACAGCUUCAAGAGCACUGGGCACCCCACCCUCUCAAACCGAGACCUGGUUAGGGGCCUCUGAGACCCUCCUCAAGGACACUGAGUCCUAGAUUGAGGGUACUAGAGAAGGCUGGGGCCCAGCUAGGUGGCUCUGUCUGGUCCCAGAGGACUGACCCUUCCCCCACAGGGACCUGCCAUACCAUUGAUUUGGGAUUUUUGGUCCUGUGGCUUCUCUUCUCCACUUUGGACUUUGGUAGAAAGCAGGCUCAAGCCUGUAGCUGCCAAAGUGCAGUGUUUGUGCCCCCUCUCUUCUCCAAACCUCCCUCUCCUGCUGUGCUCAGGGAAUGCAAAAGCAUUUCAAUAUCUGCCUAAAGCAAACAUAAUUAGGAAGAUAAAUCAGCUGGAGGAACCCCCAAAGUUGAAUCUAUUUCCAGGACCACUGGGAACAGAUUUUGGUCGCCUCUGCAGGUCUGUGUUGCCAGACAUUUUAUUUUCUGGGAGAGGGCUGUGCCCCUGGGCUGAGGAGCCCAGUAAGUGGGAGGAGAGAAUGGGGAUGUUCCUAGAUCCUGAAAAGCCCCUGUGGGCUGGAGGGAGGGAACCUUACCCCCACCGCCACCACAGAUGCAGGAGUCAGACACAGCUUCCUCUUCUGCAGCUGUUUCCCCCACAAAUUAGACACCCGUUUGGGAAACAAUGUAGCCUCGUUAAUCAUUUAAUGAAAUAAACAACUAAUCAUGCUGCGAUGCUGCCAGUGUUUCUUA